UUUAGCAGUUGGCAAUUCUCUUCUUCACUGAAAUCCUGAAACCCUAGCACCCCAAAACCCUAUUUCAUAUAUCACAAAUCAGUCGACCAUGAGACCCCUCGAUGAAGCCGAAACGACUACAGUCUUCGAGAAGCUUAUGAAGUUCACCGGUAACAAUCUCAAAAACAUUGUAGAGAAUCCGUCGCACGAGGGGCCUGACCCGAAUCCUGGCCGCUACUGCUUCCGCCUCCACAAGAACCGCGUAUACUAUGUGAGCGAUUCUCUGGUCAAGCGAGCAACUAACGUAGCUCGAUCGAACCUCGUCUCGUUGGGCACCUGUAUUGGGAAAUUCACGCACGCAGGUAAGUUCCACCUUACAGUUCAGGCCCUCAAUUUAUUAGCUGACAAUGCUAAACACAAGAUUUGGUUGAAACCAAAAUCGGAGAUGUCGUUUUUGUAUGGGAAUCACGUGGUGAAGAAGGAAUUGGGGAGGAUCACUGAGAGUAUUGAGGCUGGUGAUGGAGUUGUAGUGUUUUCAAUGUCGGAUGUGCCCUUGGGGUUUGGUAUUGCGGCGAAAGGGACGCAGGAUUGUAGGAAGAUGGAGCCUAAUGGGAUUGUGGUGUUACAUCAAGGUGAUAUUGGGGAGUAUCUAAGGAUGGAGGAUGAGCUAUGAAGAGAAGUCCGGGGGGUUUGCAGGUUUUUUAGGGGAUUUUGAGAGUUUGAAUGGUAUUGUAUUGAGCCCCUACUAGGAAGAAGGGUUUUUUUUAUGGUUAAUUUUGUAUUGGAUUGAAGUUUUGUCUUGAAUAUUUUGAUAUGUUUAAACUGUUGGGAAUAUAGUUGUGAUAUGUUAAGAUGCAUGUUGUGACAACUA